UUUCGGUAAUAAAUUAUGAUAAUAUGAAGUACUUCCGUGUUUUGAACAUUUUGAGUAAACAUAACUUUUGUAAAGGCGUUCAGGAAGCAUCUAAAAAAGUAUCUACCUCUACUUUGAAACUUUUAAAAGCGGCGAAGGGUUGAGUGUAAAAGAGAAAAUGUAUUUUAUAAAACCCGAAGGAAUCGGUAAACUGUUACUGCUUUUAAUCUCUUAUUUAUCUUGUUUGGUAACAUAUGCUGUUGGAAUGUCAUGCAUGGAUAAUUCAAACAAUCCAGUAGAUUGGUUCAUAGGCUACAAGUUGCCAGGGCAUGUAAAUGUUCCAAAGAAUUCCAUGAUGUAUCUCGACGCCAACAGUCCAUCCUGGAUCCUCGUUCGGAGCACACUCGACCAGAAACACCAGGCUAUAUUCUACACUUUGGAUGAAAUAUAUUCCACCAAUCAGUAUCACGGGACCUCUGAAGAAAAGUUCAUGUAUGCAAUGUACAAUGACGAACCACCGAAUUCGAAGAAGACUUACAGUAAUUAUGGUCACACAAAAGGAGUCGUAAGCUUCGAUCUAACGUCAGGGUUUUGGUUGGUUCAAAGCAAGCCUCUUUUUCCACCAACACGGGCUAGUGGCUACAAAUGGUCAAACGAUAAUACGAGUUUUGGACAAACAUUCCUGUGUGUAACUAUGCCAACACAAUACUUAGAUGAAAUAGGCAUGCAACUGAUGUACAACCACCCGGUAAUUUACGACAAAAGCAUGCCAGCAACAUUUGCUGAUAAGUACCCUAAGAUGACCGCUGCUUUAGAGAAUGCUACCGUACAAGGCAAGAGCGAAACAACGUUAUAUUCACGGGAGAACGUGAAAUUCCAGUCAUUUGCUAAGUCCGGCAAAUGGGGUCACGAUCUGUACGCGGACCUUCUCGCAUCUACGUUUCGGGACUCUAUGUAUGUGGAAACCUGGCAGAGAAGGAAAAGCAAGAUGUGUUCGAACUGUACUGGAACGUUCAAGGUAUUCAACGUCAAGAAAGUGAUGUUCUCGAAUCCAAGAGUUGACUUCGAAGAGACCAAAGACCACGCCAAAUGGGCCAUCACCACAAACCCAGCCUGGGUGUGUGUUGGAGACAUUAAUAGAGAGGAAUCACAAAUGAAACGAGGCGGUGGAGCUGUCUGUUUCCAGAACAAGCAGGUUUGGUCAAGUUUUAACGAUUCAAUUUCCGACUGGCAAGACUGCAGUGACCACGACAGAUGUGUACCGCCAUGACUUUCCAGAAAAGCAGACGAAACACUAUCCGUAUAGUUUUCGGAUACUGAAUUGGAUUUUGAUAUCCGUUCCAAACUGGAGCCCGAUAAGAUCCAUUUAUAUUUACGUGCAUUUGCUGCAUCUUUGUGUCAAUCUGUCAUUAUACAUGUGAAAGAGAGAUUAUUUUGACAAAAUUCUAUUGUGCGUUUAUUGAACUGUCGUUUGCGGCGACAAAACUAAUGGCCGCCAUUAUACAUCUUAAGUGUUGUUGAAUACGGCAAUCAAAUCCAAGAAACGACACACAACCUUUGGCAAUCCUACAUUACAUAGCUGUGUGCUUUGACAAUUCACAAACUCCGUUCCAUCAGUAUACGUGUAUCAAUAUAAUUACAAAAUUAAUAAUAUUAUCUCAGAAAACAAUCGGUCGGGUCUUGUUUGGAACCGCUUUACACAUUUUGUAUUGUAACAUAUUUACAAAAACAAAACUGUCCGAUUAAUUGCACUCUUAAAAAUUCGUUAUAAACAGUUGUCAUGUUGAUCUAAGACACUUCUUUCUGAUAGUGUCUGUAUUGUUUUUGGCAAUUUUGCUUUAUAAUAUAAAGACGUGAAAAGACA